CCGAGCGCUCCCGGAGCAUCUCCAGAGGCGCGGCGGCACCGCCUGCCCGACUCAGGGGAGCGGCCCAGAACCGGGAACCGAGGUCAGAGCUGGCGAAAGGCUGAAAACCGGGAAGCACAAAAAUAUACCUAGAAAAAUACCAAUACUACUGCUGCUAAUAAUAAAGAGUGGUGGGCAGGGAAAGGAGGUCGCGGGGGAAAGCAGAAGGCGAGAAGAAGGCGCACCGCGGAGGAGGAGCCCGGGCAAGGGGCAGAAGCGGCCCCUCGCCGGGCUGCCGGCAUCCCCCGUGCCCCGGGGCGGCCGUCGGGGCGGCGGCAGCAGCACGUGGCGGCGGCGGGGCAUGGCCAGCGCGGGAGUUCCCGCGGCCUGAGCCGCCCCCGCCGCCGGCACCAUGGCAGCCGCCGGCGAUGCCGGCCUCGACGUGGCGGCGGUGGAAAGUUUCCUAGAGAGGCACCCGGAGCUGGUGGAGAAGUGGCUGCAGAGGAAGAACUCGCUCCCUAAAGGGCCUGCCGUCCCCGCCGCCCCGGCCGGCGGCCCGUCGGAGGAGCGGCGGAGCAGCGACGGCCCCGGCGGCAGCUGGGGGAGCGCGGGCGGCCCCGGCGGUCCCGGCCCCGGCCCCGGCCCCGGGGGGCUGCAGCGCCGAGCGUCCCAGAAGGAGCUGCGGAAGAGCUUCGCCCGCUCCAAAGCCAUCCACGUCAACCUCACCUACGACGAGCAUGUGCACGCCCGGGCGCAGGAGCCGCUGAGCAGCGUGCGGCGGCGGGCGCUGCUGCGGAAGGCCAGCUCUUUGCCCCCCACCACUGCGCACAUCCUCAGCGCCCUGCUGGAGUCCCGCGUCAGCCUGCCCCAGUACCCCCCCACCGCCCUGGACUACAAGCGCUACCUCAAGGAGCACAACGAGCGACAGUUCUUCCUGGAACUGGUCAAGGACAUCUCCAAUGACCUGGACCUCACCAGCCUCAGCUACAAGAUCCUCAUCUUCGUCUGCCUCAUGGUGGACGCGGACCGGGGAUCCCUCUUCCUCGUGGAGGGGACCUCCGCCGGCAAGAAGACCCUGGUGUCCAAGUUCUUCGACGUGCACGCCGGCACCCCGCUGCUGCCCUGCGGCUCCACGGAGGACAGCAACGAGGUGCAGGUGCCCUGGGGCAAGGGCAUCAUCGGCUACGUGGCGGAGCACGGCGAGACGGUCAACAUUCCCGACGCCUACCAGGAUCGACGCUUUAAUGAUGAGAUUGACAAACUGACUGGAUACAAGACAAAGUCACUCUUGUGCAUGCCCAUAAGAAACAGUGAUGGAGAGAUUAUUGGUGUUGCCCAAGCAAUAAAUAAGACUCCAGGAGGUGCCCCUUUUUCUGACGAUGAUGAAAAGGUGAUGCAGAUGUACCUCCCCUUCUGUGGGAUUGCCAUAUCCAAUGCCCAGCUAUUUGCAGCUUCAAGGAAGGAAUAUGACAGAAGCAGGGCUUUACUGGAAGUAGUGAAUGACCUCUUUGAGGAACAGACUGACUUAGAGAAAAUUGUCAAGAAAAUUAUGCAUCGGGCCCAGACCCUUCUGAAGUGUGAGCGGUGCUCAGUGUUACUUCUGGAAGACAUUGAAUCACCAGUGGUGAAAUUUACAAAAUCUUUCGAAUUGUUAUCUCCAAAAUGCAGUGCUGAUACUGACAACAGUUUCAAGGACAGCGUGGAAAAAUCAUCCUAUUCAGACUGGCUGAUAAACAACAGCAUUGCUGAACUCGUCGCUUCCACAGGUCUCCCAGUGAACAUCAGUGAUGCCUAUCAGGACCCCCGCUUUGAUGCUGAGGCUGACCAAAUUUCUGGCUUUCACAUAAGAUCUGUUCUUUGUGUUCCAAUAUGGAACAGCACCCACCAAAUAAUUGGGGUAGCUCAAGUGUUGAACAGGCUUGAUGGGAAAUCCUUUGACGAUGCUGACCAGCGACUGUUUGAAGCUUUUGUUAUUUUUUGUGGCCUGGGUAUCAACAACACAAUUAUGUAUGACCAAGUGAAGAAAUCCUGGGCAAAACAGUCUGUGGCUCUUGACGUGUUGUCAUAUCAUGCAACAUGUUCGAAGGCAGAAGUUGAUAAAUUCAAGGCAGCAAACAUCCCUCUGGUGUCAGAGCUUGGCAUUGAUGACAUCCAUUUUGAUGACUUCUCGCUUGAUGUGGAUGCCAUGAUUACUGCAGCCCUGCGGAUGUUCAUGGAACUUGGAAUGGUUCAGAAAUUUAAAAUUGACUACGAGACGCUGUGUAGGUGGCUCCUGACGGUGCGGAAGAACUAUCGAAUGGUCCUGUAUCACAACUGGAGGCACGCUUUCAACGUCUGCCAGCUGAUGUUUGCCAUGCUCACUACUGCAGGAUUUCAGGAGAUUCUAACUGAAAUUGAAAUUUUAGCUUUGAUUGUGGGAUGCUUGUGUCACGACCUUGACCACAGGGGAACCAACAAUGCCUUCCAAGCCAAGAGUGGAUCAGCCUUAGCUCAGCUCUACGGCACCUCUGCUACCUUGGAGCACCACCAUUUCAAUCAUGCUGUCAUGAUUCUCCAAAGUGAGGGUCACAACAUCUUUGCUAACUUGUCCUCUAAGGACUACAGUGACCUUAUGCAGCUUCUAAAGCAAUCGAUAUUGGCAACAGACCUCACUCUGUAUUUUGAGAGAAGGACCGAGUUUUUUGAGCUUGUCAGUAAAGGUGGUUAUGAUUGGAAUAUAAAAAACCACCGAGAAGUAUUUCGAUCAAUGCUAAUGACAGCCUGUGACCUUGGAGCUGUGACCAAACCGUGGGAGAUUUCAAGACAGGCCGCUGAGCUGGUAACCAGUGAGUUCUUUGAACAAGGAGACAGAGAAAGAUCUGAACUCAAACUCACCCCUUCUGCCAUUUUUGAUCGGAACAGGAAGCAUGAACUACCCAGGCUGCAGCUCGAGUGGAUUGAUAGCAUCUGCAUGCCAUUGUAUGAGUGUCUAGUGAAGCUGAAUGUGAAACUGAAGCCUAUGCUGGACUCCGUGGCAGUAAAUAGAGGUAAAUGGGAGGAGCUGCACCAGAAAAGACUUCCUUCUCAGGCAGCAUCCUUGUCCUCCUUUUCCUCUAGCUUCACCACGUCUCUCAAAGACAUAAACUAAGCCUGCAAAUAUCAGUGUCACUUUACAACAAGAGCUGUCUGAAAGGUUUUCAUACGCUUAGACCCACCAUUUUUAAGAAAUGCUUUCCCAGACAUGCCUAAUUGAUGGGAUAUGAUCUUGAUGGCAGCACAGUUUGCUUUUCCUGGAAGGCUUAGUGGGACUGAACGGAAGGCUGCAGUGGGAUUGCCGGGUGUCUGGAGCGACACGCAACACCGAACAGAAGAAGCGUUCAUUCAGCUCCGCUACAUUUCAACUGCUGCUGUAAAAAUCUGUAAAGCUGACAACAGACUGAAAUAUAAGAACUCACAGCUUAAUAAAAUUAAUAAUACAGAGCCAGGACUGGGAUGCAAGCUGGCCAAUUCAUAUGCAAGGAGCUGCAGAAAACAGAAUAGUGUGUAAUUACAUUGUUGUUUUGCAUCUCUUCAGUACAUGUUAUGAAUCAAUUAUGCCUGCUUUUGUGAUGCUCCUCUCUUACUCUCCCUCCUCUUUUAUGCCUGAAUGUUCUGAAAAGCCUGCUUUGUAUUCUGAAGAAGUAUUUUUUUACAACAAAGCUUCUUAGUGAUUGAUCAGGGCCUUUAGAAUUGCCUACCUUUGCUACAUUUAAAAACAAACUUUAUUAUCUUUAAAAACACCAAGCUGUCCUUUCUUCCCUGAGAAAUUCAUAUUAACACUGCAGCAAAUUUUUCAGCAAGAGGAAGUUUGCAUAAAGGCAAAAUAUUGCAUGGUAAUUUUAGAGUGGGUUGUUUUUUUUUCUUUUCAAAAAUGCUCUUAUAACACAUUCUUUUUUUUUAAUUAUAGUGUUGCCUAAGGAAAAGAUUAAUGGGGGUUUUUUUUGAAAAUAGAAUUAAAAUAAAAAAGGAAAUCUGUUG